UCGAUAAUGACUAUUUUGGGUUUCUUUGUGUGAGAGGUUAAAUAUUGCAAAAAAUAAAAUGUUUAAAACAUUUCGAUAUAUAAUUCACGUUCGGCAAAUAUUUAAUAUUCAAACUAUUGCACGGGAUGAAACUAUCGGAUUUAGACAGUUCUGCAAUUCAGGUUUCGAUAUCAAUAAGGAAUAUUUGGAUAUUAUCGAGAAGAAUAUUCUGAUCAGAAAACAUAGAAACAAUGUGCCACUAAUAAGAUCAUUACUUUGUGAAUUGCAUAAAUAUCCCAGUAGAGAUAGCGUCAAAAAACAAAUUGUUACUGAAAUACGAAAGCUUCCGAAUAGUACACAUAACCGAUUAGUCAGCUAUGGCGAAAAACCGCGCGAAAUAUAUCAAUUUCUCUCAAAGGCAUCGAAAAAUGACGAAUUUUCCAUUGUGUGUAAAUUUUUUAAUUUUUUAAGGACGGAACAUUUAGGCCAUUAUACAGGCCACAAGAGCUACUAUUUGAUGGGAGAUCUAGCUGCUUUGGAACAGAAGCUGAUACGGUAUACUGUUAUGUUCCUAAAGAAGAUAGAUUUUCGCCUCGUAUGUGUACCUGACAUUUUGCCAAGUUUUAUUAUAAAUGGUUGCGGUAUGCAAACAGAAGGGAACCGCACUCAAGUAUAUAAAAUUGAUACGGAAGAGUGUUUGUCCGGAACCUCCGAAAUGGCCUUAGCAGGUUUAUUUUCUGAUAAAAUUAUUGAUGAAAAAGAGUUGCCUUUAAAAGUGGCUGCUGUAAGUAGGUGUUACCGAGCAGAAACAUCAGGACUAAACGAGGAAAAGGGAAUAUACAGGGUACAUCAAUUCAAUAAAGUGGAGAUGUUUGCAGUAUGUUCAGAAAAUGCAUCAGAAGAUAUGCUGGAAAGUUUCAGGGAAACUGAAGUUUCCUUAUUUAAGCAGUUUAACUUAAAUUUUAGAGUACUGGAUAUGCCUCCUACAGAAUUAGGCGCAUCUGCAUUCCAAAAAUAUGACAUUGAGGCAUGGUUGCCUGGAAGGCAAAUGUGGGGUGAAAUAUCAAGCUGCAGCAACUGCACUGACUAUCAAGCAAAACGCCUUAAUAUUAGAUAUCGUACGAAAAGUGGAGAACUAAAAUAUGCCCACACAGUAAAUGGAACUGCAGCUGCAAUACCGAGAUUACUUAUAGCUUUGAUUGAGUCCAAUAAGGUUGAGAAUGGUGCGAUUUUCCUACCUAGAGAAUUUGGAAUAGCCUUGAACGCUAAUUUAUUAAAACGAAACAAAAUAAUACCUGCAAUUAAACUCGUCAAGCAUUUUAAAGUAUAGAUAUUAUAAAAUGAAUGAAUUAAUAAAAAAAUAUAAAAAAUUGAAGCCCCAAGUACACGUCGGAAUCAAGGCAGUCGAACAAA